AUAAUUUGUUGUUUAUCUAUGUUUACAUGUGUCACUCCCCUUUGUAAUUUUUUUAUUUUUAUUGGGAAGAAAUUAAAAAUAUUGAUGAUAGGGCAAAAGACAUAGAAUCGAUAUUUUACUAUUUUAUUACAUUUAUUAAAAAAAUGUCAUCUGCAACAGUAAGAGAUUUACAGAAUUAUGUAUUCAACAGUAAAGAAGAAAUUCUGAUAUCAUCAUGUAAAGUUAGUAAACUGUUCAAGAAAAAGAAAAUAUCUUUUUUGUGUCUAGUUAGCGUAACAACUAUACCUACAAGCAUAAAUAUAAUCCAAAUAAAACAGGCAGACAGGCAAAUAUUUAAGAGAAAAAGGAAUUGGGGUUUAAUUGAAUUGAAAUCUGUAGAUGGGCAUAACGAAUCUUCAGACAAUUUAGAGUUUGAUUUACAUUUGGAUAAAGUUUAUAGAUGGGUAGCUUUAAACGGACAAGAACGACAUGCGUUUAUACAUAAUUUGUGGAAAUAUUCUGACAGGUACAUUUUACAUGAUAAACCAGUUUUUAAAAACAUACCAAAAAUGUGGGUAACUGAAGAUUCAACGAUACCUGAGAAAUUUGACAAUAAUCUAUUGUCGCUAGAUCAUGAAUUUGUAGAAGAUUUUCAAGUAAAUACCGAAAAAGAACAAGAAGAUCUAAAAAUAUUAAUGUCAGGCUGUGAAUUUGCGAUUAGUAAUGCUGAAGCUUUCAUGGAAGUAUUAUCUAGAGAUUUAUCACUUUUAGACGGAGAAAACAUUCAUUGUGUUUUAGCUUCAGAAGACCAAGUAGAAGCCCUAAUGGAACAUUUGGAACUGGCAUUAAAUGAAGUAGAAAAGAUGGAAACGCAACUAAAUGAUUAUGAUGAAAUACUUUGUCACGUCAGGGAUACAAUGGAAAAAAUGGAACACAAAAACUCUACACUUUCCACAGCUAAUAUGAAUAAUCAAUGGCUAAUGAAGCAACUAGAAGAUUUGAUGAUGAAAUUAGAUCUCUCAUCAGAACAUCAAAAAAUAUUGGAAGAUGCAGAUUUUACAACAGCCAAAGGACUAGCGCAAGCCAUAGAUGCUGCUAACUCUUUAAAAAGAGUGAUCAAUUCAGAUAUCGACAAAUCUUUACUUCAAAUGUCGGCAGUGUCAGAACAAAGAAAAAAAUUCGAUAAACUAAAAGACAAAUUUUCUCGGAAUAUUUGCAGACAACUCAAUAAUUUGUUUAUACACUUUGGGAAUCAUAAAGGUGAAGGAGAAAAAAACCUGGAAGGUCUAACAUUACCUCAACACAAUGGAGUUCAUAAAGAAUUAUAUCCUUAUACUGAACUCAUACAUUGGAUCAAGGUUAUGGAUAAGAAGAUGUAUGAUUCCUUAAAAGAUGUUUAUACAACAUCAAUGGGGAAAUUGUAUGAUAGAGAUUUGAAAAAUCUCUUUAGUAUUGCUAGAGAAAAAAUUGCAGUAAAUGGAAAUGUCACAUCACCUACAAUAAUAAUAGGACUUGAUAGAGACCAAUGGACCUUAGAAACUAGUACUAAAGAUCGCGAUCGAUAUGAUAGUAUAUUAGAACAAGUACUUACCUCAUUGGAACCCGUGUUUCUCCAAGAACAACAAUUUUGUUUAAAGUUUUUCCAGUUGGAUAUUAUAAAUAGUCCGAAUUCAGAAAAUGCUUCUGCAGAAAGUGAUGCUGUGGCUACAAGAAAAAUGGAAAAACAAAUAGACGAAGAUAUCAGGAAUAUGAUGAGCAGUCUAUUUUCUUGUUUGAAGCCAGAACUUGAUAUGAUCAUAGAUCACAUCAAGAGACAGGAUAAUUUUUACUGCAUGUACGUACUAGUGCGACUUAAUCAACACGUAAUGUCGGCCCAGAGUUCGUUUUUAAGCAACACUUUCGCGUCUCUACUCAUCGAAGUGAAAAGAUCUUUAGAUCACUUCAUGCAACAACAAAUUGAAUCCAUUAAAGAAUGUAGAAUAUCGAAAAAAUCGAAAUGCGGAAUAUUACCUUACGUAUCGAAUUUAGAAAUAUUCGCAAAAAACGCCAAUUGUUUAUUAAAAAGUGAUCGCGGAGCUGAUCUUGAAAAAUGGUAUACCAGAUUAGUUGAUACCAUGUUGGAAUAUAUAGCCGUUCAUGCCGUUGACCACAAAACUCCACCUCAAGUUAUAAAAAUGGAAAACUAUCAUCACUUAUACUCUUUAUUGUCCCAAUUAAAAAUAUCAGUGUUAGAUAAUCAACGUAAAGAAGCCAAACAGAAAUAUAAUGAUGCACUUACGGCGUACGUAACUUUGUAUUUCGGUAGACCUUUGGAAAAGUUAAAUACUUUCUUUGAAGGCGUUCAAGCUAGAGUGGCAAGUGGUAUCAAAGCUUCAGAAGUCAGUUAUCAAUUAGCGUUUAGUAAACAAGAGUUACGAAAGGUUAUUAACCAAUACCCAGGCUCUCAAGUUAAAAAAGGUUUGGAGGCACUUUAUAAAAAAGUCGAAAAACAUUUAUCAGAAGAAGAGAAUUUAUUACAGGUAGUUUGGAGAGCGAUGCAAGGGGAAUUCAUAAGACAAUAUAAAACAUUGGAAGAUUUAAUACAUCAAUGUUAUCCAGGAUCGAUGAUAAGUUUGGAAUUUACCAUAGACGACAUAUUAACGUUCUUUUCAGAUAUAGCACAAUCUCAUUAAUCGAUAGAUUCAUAUGAAAAGGGACAAAUUUAGACAAAAAAAAACUUGCUGUAACCAGAAGGUCAAAGUUUUUAGAAUGGUACAAAAAUGAGGUGGAAUUAUAAAUGGAGAAAAUAUCAAAACAUAAUUAUAUUAGUUAUAUUAAGGACAGUUUCUUAAUAAAAUACUACAAAUUUG